AUGCUAAAUUCACUUCUUUUAUAUCACAGUUCAUUCAAUUUAAGAACCAAUUCAAAAAAAUCUAUUGAGAAAAAUGCGAAUUCAAUAAAAGGUAUCGUUAUCGGCAUUCAUCAACAAUUUGUCGAAAUUGUGCCCAUUUCGAAAAAUUCUGGCAAAAGUUUACCAUCUAUCACCUUGUCUGAUCUACAGAAUGUAAAACUUGGCGAUUGGAUUUGGCUUAUUGGCUUAGAUCAGAAUAAAUUUGUCUAUGAUAGGCAUAUUUCGGAAAAUGAACGUCCUUUUAUCACAAAAGUUGUCAAAAACUCUGUCAUGUUGCUUACGAAAUUAUCGUUUCCUGGUCCAUCAAUGUCUGGUUAUAAAAAGUGGGCAAUGAGUCCUGUAUUUGGUAAAGUAGCAGCAGUAGAGCAUGAAUACACCGAAAAUGUGGAAACUUCGCCCAGAUUAAAGAAUAUUCUCAAAUAUGAAUGGAUGAUAACGAAAUAUAUUUUUCAACACCAAGAACAUCAAAAAUCUUCUGAAUUGAAUGAGGCAUCAGUGGUGAUAAAUAAUUCAAAAAAAACAAUCAAGAAUGAUAUUACUUUGCCUCAGUCAUUCGAUACAAAUAAUUCUCAUUAUAUAAUGUAUGAUGAGAUGGGAUUUGGGGCGAUGCGAGAACCUUAUGGUGAACGUAAUUUCGAUGGAUUGAUCACAGUUAUUUGUGGCGAUCUUGUUUUAGUAACUCUAACAGGAUAUAUUUCACGAAUAUAUUCUACCAAAUGUUUGGAUUCAUCCAUUCCACUGAAGGUUGGAAAUUGGGUAAAUGUGAGAGGGGAGUUUUUCCCGGAUAUGUUCCGUGUUAUUCUUCGUGAUAUUCCAAAACGAAUAAAACCUGUACUUCCCACUCGAUUAUUCAAUGGUUCAGCGAUGAUUUUGACUGCGAUUAAUGGUACAGAAUAUGAUGGUGAUACAAUGGUAGGAUAUUCUGUGAAAUUAGGGAAAAUAUUUGAUGUGAAUAAAUUUCUUCAAGAUGGUGAUAUUGGGAAUAAAGUACUAGUGUGGUGUUAUUUGAAAUAUUUGUCUGAUGAGAAUAGAGUUAUAUGGGCGAUACGUUUUAUUGAAAAAAGGUUUUAUCCACUUGCGCAAAAGAUUCCAAAUGACAAACCAUGCAAAACGCAAGCAAAACCAAAAAAAAUUUACUCGAAACUCAAUUUUCCAACAAGAAAAUAA